AUGCCAUACGCUAAUCAACCUUCUGUACACAUAACGGAACUAACAGAUGACAACGUAAAAUUCGUUGUCGAAGAUACCGAACUUAGCGUCGCAAACAGCAUGAGACGCGUUUUUAUAGCAGAAACACCAACAAUGGCUAUUGACUGGGUACAACUGGAAGCAAAUUCUACUGUACUAAGCGACGAAUUCUUAGCUCAUCGCAUUGGUCUUAUUCCACUUAUAUCUGAUGAUGUAGUUGACAAGAUCCGUUAUUCCCGCGAUUGCAUGUGUGCCGACUUCUGUUCUGAGUGCAGUGUAGAGUUCACACUUGAUGUAAAGUGUACUGGCGAUCAGACACGACAUGUUACAACUGCUGACCUAAAGUCUAGUGACCCUAGAGUGGUACCUGUCACGUCGCGUCACAGAGACGAAGAUCAAGCAGAUUACGGGGAAACUGAUGAAAUUUUAAUUAUUAAGCUUAGAAAAGGGCAGGAGCUGAAGCUAAGAGCUUAUGCAAAGAAAGGUUUUGGCAAGGAACAUGCAAAAUGGAAUCCAACUGCAGGUGUCUCAUUUGAAUAUGAUCCAGAUAAUAUCAUGAGGCAUACAUUGUACCCCAAACCUGAUGAAUGGCCUAAGAGUGAACAUACUGAACUGGAUGAGGAUCAAUAUGAAGCUGAAUUCAAUUGGGAAGCAAAACCUAACAAAUUCUUCUACAAUGUUGAAUCGUCUGGAGCACUCAAACCAGAAAACAUAGUACUUAUGGGAAUUGUAGUAUUGAAAAAUAAACUUUUAAAUCUACAAGUGCAGUUAGCUCAAGAAGCUCAAAAUGAUGCAUUAGCAAUUAAUUAA